AAAAAAAUUCACAUGAACUUCUAGAAAUAUAUAAGUUAGUACGUACACUAUUAAUCUCUCCAACAGAUCCUUUAUAUAUUUCAUCACACUCGAGUUAUUACACAAUUCGUGUCUGAGAUCACAAUUCGAAAACUAUUUCUCGCUUCCAAAUUUUCAGAAUCGCAGAAUAGAGAUGGCCAACGAUCUGGCGGCGGCGACGACGCCAUCUGAGAAGAAGGAGGAGGAGAAAGUGCCGUAUUAUAAACUGUUUUCUUUUGCAGACAAGCUUGAUGUACUUCUAAUGGUGGUCGGGGCAAUCGCAGCCAUCGGGAAUGGGGUGUCGCAGCCGCUCAUGACGCUUAUUUUCGGCGAGUUGGUGGAUUCCUUCGGCGGAGGUGAUAAAUCAUCAAUUGUGCAUGCAGUUUCGAAGGUAGCGUUGAAAUUGGUAUACUUGGGCAUCGGUGCUGGUGUUGCUUCACUUCUACAGAUGAUGUGUUGGAUGGUAACUGGAGAAAGACAGGCUGCUCGAAUACGAGGGUUAUACUUGAAAACUAUAUUAAGGCAGGAUAUCGAGUUCUUUGAUACUCAAACAUCAACGGGAGAGAUCAUUGGGAGAAUGUCUGGUGAUACGAUCCUCAUUCAAGAUGCCAUGGGCGAAAAAGUGGGAAAAUUCAUUCAAUUUGUUUCGACAUUCGUAGGAGGCUUUCUUAUUGCUUUCUGUAGAGGAUGGCUCCUAGCGAUUGUGUUGUGUACGUGCAUUCCUGCACUUUGUAUAGCAGGAGCAUUUUCAGCUGUACUCAUGGGGAAGAUGGCAACCCUCGGACAAGCUGCUUAUGCCGAGGCUGGAAAUGUAGUUGAACAAACAGUUGGAGCAAUUAGGACGGUUCAAUCCUACAAUGGCGAGAAACAAGCAGUGGAUAAGUAUGACAGUAAACUGCAGAUUGCUUAUAAGGCUACUGCGAAACAAGGGCUAGCUUCGGGCACCGGAUUUGGUUGCAUGUUAUUCGUUGUCUUUGCCACAUAUGGACUUGCAGUUUGGUAUGGAGGCAAACUGAUAAUAACCAAAGGAUACAGUGGAGGGAAAGUUGUGAAUGUUAUCAUGUCCAUCAUGACAGGAGGAAUAGCAAUUGGUCAGGCUUUUCCGUGUGUAAGUUCCUUUGCAUCAGGUCAAGCUGCUGCGUACAAGAUGUUUGAGACCAUCAACCGUAAACCAAAAAUCGAUGCUGGAUGUAGUGGGAUUGUUUUGGAAGAUAUCAAAGGUGAAAUCGAGCUCAAAGAUGUAUAUUUCAGAUAUCCAGCAAGGCCAGAAGUUCAGAUAUUUCGAGGAUUCUCAAUAUUCAUACCGAGUGGGAAGACAGCUGCAUUGGUUGGACAGAGUGGAAGUGGAAAAUCAACGGUGAUUAGCUUGGUGGAGAGGUUUUAUGAUCCUGAAGCUGGAGAAGUACUGAUUGAUGGGGUUAACUUGAAGCAGUUGAAGUUGAAAUGGAUCAGAGGGAAGAUUGGACUUGUGAGCCAGGAACCUAUCUUGUUUGCUACCUCCAUGAAGGACAACAUACUAUACGGAAAGGAAGAUGCAACUGUUGAAGAAGUAAGAAGGGCCAUUCAGCUUGCUAAUGCUGCUAACUUCAUUGACAAGUUACCACAGGGUCUUGAUACGAUGGUGGGUGAACAUGGCACCCAGUUGUCUGGAGGUCAGAAACAGAGGAUUGCAAUUGCUCGGGCCAUCCUGAAAGAUCCCAAAAUUCUCCUUCUUGAUGAAGCAACAAGUGCUCUGGAUGCCGAAUCAGAACGAGUAGUUCAGGAAGCACUUGACAAUGUCAUGACAAACCGUACAACGGUGGUGGUUGCACAUCGUUUGACAACCAUUAGGAAUGCUGAUAUGAUAGCCGUUGUGCAUCUCGGGAAACUGGUAGAGCAAGGCACACAUGAUGAACUGAUGAAAGAUCCUGAGGGAGCUUAUACGCAGCUUGUUCGCAUGCAAGAACGGGCCAAAGAGACUGAAACUAGUUCUAGUCAAGAAGAGUCCCCUCAAGUCUUGGAGAGAAGCUUGAGCAGAUCUGAGAGAAGCUUGAGCAGAUCUGACAGCCAGAGACUUUCCAUGCGCAAAUCCACAAGCAAUGACUCAUCAAGGCAUUCAUUCUCACUUUACGGUGUUCCUAAUUUUGACAUGCGCGGGAUCCAACCUAUAGAAGACGACGGGGAGGAACCUGAUGCAGACAAGUUGAGGAAACGCAAGAAAGUUUCUAUCAGACGGCUAGCAGCAAUGAACAAACCCGAAGUGCCAUAUUUGAUACUUGGAUGUGUAGGUGCAGGAGUGCAAGGUUUGGUUUUCCCAAUGUUUGGGCUUUUGCUGUCAACAGCUAUCAGAAUUUUCUUCGAACCUCCGAAUCAGCUCAGUAAGGAUUCCAAAUUCUGGGCACUUAUGAUGGUUGUGCUAGGCCUCAGUACUCUGCUGGCCCUUCCUGUACAGAAUUACUUCUUCGGAGUUGCAGGUGGGAAGUUGAUUCAAAGGAUUCGUUCUAUGUCGUUCAAGAAGGUCGUUCACCAAGAGAUCAGUUGGUUUGAUGAUCCUGCAAAUUCAAGUGGAGCAAUUGGAGCUCGAUUAUCAAGUGAUGCCUCCACUGUUAGAAGCUUGGUGGGGGAUGCUUUGGGACUAAUCGCCCAAAAUAUAUCCACUUGUAUAGCAGGUCUCGUCAUCGCCUUCACUGCUAACUGGUUGCUGGCCAUCAUAAUCUUAGCCGCCCUGCCUUUUGUUGGUUUACAAGGAUUCAUUCAGAUGAAAUUCUACAAAGGCUUCUCUGCUGAUGCCAAGGUUAUGUAUGAAGAGGCUAGUCAAAUAGCAAAUGAUGCUGUUAGCAGUAUCAGAACAGUGGCUUCGUUCAGCUCUGAGGACAAGGUGAUGAAGAUGUACGAGGAAAAAUGCGAGGCUCCUCUGAAUGAAGGAAUCAAGCUCGGAUGUUUUAGUGGUAUGGGUUUUGGUGUUGGUUCGUUGGCACUUUAUUGCGCGCAGGCGUUCUGUUUCUACAUGGGAUCUAUUCUUAUUGAAAAAAACAAAGCAUCAUUUGGAGAAGUAUUCAAGGUUUUCUUCGCCCUAACCAUGUCCGCCACUGGAAUUUCCCAAGCUAGUGCUACAGCUCCGGAUGUCAACAAAGUUAAAGACUCUGCUGCCUCUAUAUUUGAGUUACUUGACAGCAAACCUAAGAUUGAUUCAAGCAAAGAGGAAGGUACAACAUUGGCUAGUGUUCGUGGUGAGAUUGAGCUUGUACACGUGAGUUUCAAGUAUCCCACACGACCUGAUAUUCCAAUCUUCAGAGAUUUAUGCCUAUCCAUACCUUCUGGCAAGUCAGUUGCUCUUGUUGGAGAGAGCGGCAGUGGGAAAUCAACUGUCAUCUCGCUGAUAGAGAGGUUCUACAAUCCUGACUCGGGCCAGAUUUUCUUGGACGGAGUUGAACUUAGGAAAUUCAAGCUGAGUUGGCUGAGGCAUCAGAUGGGGUUGGUGAGCCAGGAGCCCGUGCUGUUCAACGACACAAUCCGAGCCAAUAUCGCCUAUGGGAAGAAGGGAGACGUAACCGAAGAAGAGAUCAUUAAUGCAACAAAAGCUGCCAAUGCUCACAACUUCAUCUCCGGAUUGCCAAAUGGCUAUGACACAACUGUUGGCGAGAGAGGCGUGCAGUUAUCAGGCGGUCAGAAGCAACGGAUUGCCAUUUCUCGAGCCAUACUGAAAGACCCCAGGAUCCUUCUCCUUGAUGAGGCGACAAGCGCCCUGGACACUGAGUCGGAAAGGAUAGUGCAGGACGCGUUAGACAGAGUGAUGGUGAACAGAACGACGGUCGUGGUAGCCCAUCGUCUGACGACAAUAAUGGGGGCGGAUAUCAUUGCUGUCGUCAAGAACGGAGUGAUUUCUGAGAAGGGAAAGCAUGAUGUGCUGAUGAAGAUUAAAGGUGGAGUAUAUGCAUCCUUGGUUGCUCUUCAUGCAACUUCACAGUAAUUUUUAUUUCUAAUGUUCACAGAUGAAAAUCAGAGACUGGAAUUUCGUGCAUUCUUUACUUUCUUUCAUUAGGUUGGUCAUAUAAAUUCUUUAUUGAUUGGUUGUUA